AUGUACAUCCCUCCAUUCGAUACCACCUCCUACUCCAUACUCACUUCACUACUUUCAUCUAUACCAACUUCUCUACCAUCCAUACCGGAAACAUUGACCACAAGAACCUCUUCUCCAUCUACAACGUCGGUCAUGAAUCUUUCCACUCCGGGGCAACAGACAUCCAGCCAACAGUCAACUUCAGACAAUCCCCAAAACGUUACUCCGCAAUCCUCGCAGACUAGUUCCUCUGAUUCACCAACUCCCACGUUACCAACCACGUUCCCCGGAGGCUCUCCAACAACAGUGCCAGGUGCACAAUCUUCCCAUAUCCCACAAUCUCUGUGCGGAAGUCCUGUGAACACUACUCUUCACUCACCCUUCGCUGGAGUUGCAAAAAAUUGCUGCCGUGGUCCGGUCCCGAACCUUGGUUCGAACCUGACCAAUGGUCAGGUCCGUCCAUGGUUCGGUCCAUGGUUCCAUAUUUUGGACGGACCGAACCGAAAUGAGGUUCGGACGUUCCCGAACCGUUCUGAACCCCGAACCGAAUUGUCCUCGCAAUAUCGGCGAGGCACACCCAUGCUCACUUCGACUUCGACUUCGACUUCGACUUCUCCCCCCAUGGUCAUGUCGACUUCGGGGAUCCUCAAGAUUCGCAUUGUCUUUGAAUCGGACGCUCGCAUCCCGCACCCCCGGUUGUCAGAAGAUGCUCAAGAUCUACUUUUUGCUUGCCCCCGGUUUCCAGGAGACGCUCGAGAUUUACUGUUUGCUUGUUUCACACAUAAAGGGAGCAAGCCCCACCAGGACGCCAAAGAUAUUGUAUUUUACAAUGACCCUGAUGAUAUUAUCCCACUUGGCACUCCGUCCUCUGCCCAGCCAACACUAUCUACCACUCCCACAGGCUCAGACGCCUUCUCAGUGCUGCUGAAGGCUGGGCGCAAACCAGCACCGGUUACUGCAGGUGCUCGUCGCUCCAUUCGGACAUUCAAGCCUUCUGCUCGCCUCCACGAUGCCGACAACGCUUGCUCUCACCCAUCAUCCUCAAACAGCUCAACAGCCCGCAAACGUGCAUUAUCUAGUGCGACCGAGCGGCUAGUCAGCAAAAAGGUCGCAUUGCAGCUCUCAGCCCCGUUAUCUGAUGAUGACGACUUUCACGCGGCUGGUGCCGAUACGGAUACUGACACUGAUCCUGGCACUGGCCACACUGGCCACUCUGAGUCAGUCGAAGAUGAGGACGCACCCGAAGAUGACGAUGCGCCGACAGCUGAAGACGAACCUGACGACGAACCUGACGAUGAACCUCAAGACUCAAACAUCCGAGCCACUCUGUCAAAGAGAAUGGGUAUGCGACGCAAUGCACUCGCGACUUCCACGUUCACUGCAUUACAAUUGCUGAAGGGAGCAUAUAGGAAUGGGCACCUUUCUGCAGCAGUAGAGGCUGAGGGCCAUGCAGCUUCGUUGGACAAGUAG